GUUGUUUUUUGUCGUUUAGUUCCUGGUUAUGUUCCAUGGGUGUAUGGAUACAAUUAUGGUCCCAACUCUCUCGAGAUUAACUGGUCUCCUAUACCUGAAGAAGAUACCCAUGGAGUUCUUCUUGGCUACGUCGUUUAUUUCAGGCGCUAUGGUUCCUACGAGAACUUCACCACUGUCAAAGUGAACGCAAGUAGCCGAGUAUUGAGGAUUACAGGUCUCAUGGAGGCCACGAGAUAUGAAAUCAAAGUCGCAGGUCGUACAUCUGUUGGAGAGGGUCCUUUGCGCACCACAUAUGAGAGCACAGCUUGUGGACAGACCUUCAAUGGUACAACAAGUGAAAUCAAUGUAAUAACCUCAUACUAUUCAGGAUAUUGUUACUGGGAAAUCCAUUCACCUUUAGUGAACUCAAGCGUACUUCUCGUUGUUCAACGUUUCCAAAUGCAGUAUUGCUGGUAUGGUUAUGUUACAGCUCGCAAGGGCCAAAGCAUCAACCUUUGCGGUAAAAAGGAACCAUUUGCAUUUCUCAUUCCGGGAGGCUAUGCCCAUGUGAGACUUAACCUGAACUAUUAUUAUCAUACGACAUUGAAGGCUUUGUAUUUUGUGAUGAACAACACAGGCUUAGAUGCUUCAUAUCAACGUGACUGGAAUGUCACAGUCGGCAACAUCAGUUCUACAACAGUCAAUGUCAGUUGGUUGCCUUUGAAUAGCAGCAGCUUAAAUUCCACUGACAUAUAUGGUUAUGUAGCUGUUUGCAUACGGAGAGGUAGCAGUGACAUUCUUCUGUUGAGUGUAGAGAAUGCUUCAUCUUCAAAGACCGUGGUGCGCAAUCUGAAACCCUACAGCAAUUACGAAGUCAAGAUUGUUGCUCUCCUGAAAGAUCGAGUAACUAAUGUAACAACACUGAAAAGCAGCGAGAAAACUGACAUACGUACGAAAGAGGGCGGUAUGUAAUUUGGUAUUUGUAACUUAUUAUGUUCAAAGUGCCUAUGAAGUAAAAAAAAA